AUGCGCGAACAUACUAUCACGUUGAUUGGCUGGAUAGAUAGCAUCGAGUCGGCGGAGAUUCCGCAUUCGCCCGACGCCGACUCGAGCAUAACCCGAGUCCAGCGGUCGACUCGACCUUACUCCCAGCAGGGUCGAGAAAAUCAGCGGCGAGAGGGAGGAGUCCUACACUAUUUAAAUGCCGCUUUCUAUGCCAUUUAUAAAAAACUGUAUAACCUGCCAGAAGAUGUUUCUAGAAAAGAAUGGGACAGGCCAAGAUAUUUGAUGGCAUCUAUUAUGACUUUGCUGGGGAAAGUGUUGCACGGUUAUGAGAUCUGUGGAACUGAAAAUCUACCUGAAGGCCCAGGACUUGUGAUCUAUUAUCAUGGAGCCUUGCCUAUGGACUAUAUCCUUUUUUUUAACAAACUCUUCAUCAUCAAAAGAAGAACCAGUGCCAGUGUGGUAGAUCAUCUUAUUGAAAAUUUGCCAUGUACAGAAUGGUAUCUGAGGAUCUGUGGUAUGUGUAAGACAAAGAAAGAAUGUGUUGAAAUGCUAAAGAAAGGUCAUCUACUAUCUAUCGCACCAGGUGGACUUCGAGAGCAAAACUAUGGAGAUAACACUUAUAGACUUAUCUGGGGGAACCGUAAAGAGUUUGCUCAAGUAGCCAUAGAUGCAAAAGUGCCAAUCAUACCUAUGUUUACACAAAACAUCCGGGAAGGAUACAGAACAUUUGGAAAUAUAUGGCCAAUGAGAUGGCUUUAUGAAAGAAUACGAUAUAUAUUAUUUCCAUCAUAUGGGUUCAUUCCAGUUAAACUUCGAACCCAUAUUGUAGAGCCCAUUCCUUACGAUCCAAGUAUAACUGCUGAAGAACUGGUUGAAAAAAAAGCCUAA